AUGAUCAGAAUGAGUCUAUUGAUUUUGGCACUUUUGGUGGUUGUACACUCGCUGAACGUCACCGAAAUGCCGCCGACAAGAGGAAUGCCCUUAACUACACAAAGCGCAGCGGCUAGCGGGUAAGACAGCUUCAUUGAGAUUAUUUUCAUUUCAUGAAAAAUUCCCACUUGGUAUUUUCAUGAAAUAUUCGACGAAUCUUACCGUGGACGUGUUUAUCCUUUAACAAACAAAGCUUUACCGAUUUUGUUCGAUGUAUAUACAGUGAUACCUUGAAAUAAUGUCCUCAGAAGUCAUCGUCUAGAAGUUUCUCCCAGGUGACUCUAGCGAGAAAGCUUUUUAAAUGAUAAAUUUUUUUUAUGACUAUAUUUUACUUACAUUGCGUAACCAUUUUAGCCGUGAUUUUAUUGUCUUUAGGUGCAUUUCUCUUUCUUUUGGUUUUUUUUUUCUUUUUAUCAGAUAGCGAUGACUAUGUCAUUGCGAUUUUUUUGGUAAAACCUUUCAACCCAUUUAAAUGACUCUUCAUUUAUUAGUCUGUUCUUAAACCUCUUUAUCAGUCUGGGGAAUCGCCUAUUCGAGAAGGUCAAUCACUGAUAUCACUUAAGUAAGACUGAAAAUCACGAAAUGGACUCGACCGAUUUUCGAUUUGAUCCAUGACAACAUUUCAAAUAUUCAUAAUGUUCUCGAAGACUUUCGGAAAUAAGAUAAUAAUUAGCAGAUUUUCUUCUUUAGUUUUGAGGCUGUUAAGCCGACUAAUAAUUUGUUUGUUUGUGCUGUAUUAAAACGUCGCCAACGAAACGAAAUCUCAGUCAUCAAAUCAGAAACCCAUCUCCGACUUUAUCAGCUUGAUUCAAAAAGUAGAAAUAGCAGUUCUAUUUUAUUUUGAAAGGUCUUUGUUCAGAUCAGCAUGUGACACCCUAGGAUGCUUCUAUAUUAUUAAGAAAAUGAGGUACACGAGGAGUAUAUUUUAUUAGUGAAUAUUACUUUUAGAAGUUGUGGACAACAUCGAUUUCCAACCGAGAAAGUGUUCGCGCGCAGUGAAUGCAAUUCUCCGCCGUUUUCCGCUCGUUAAAUGAAGGGGGCACACAAUGUUUAAAUAGCUUAAGAAAUGAUAAAACAAAUCGUGACUUUUGCGGGCCUUUCAUCGACGAAGUAUCAAUUACGUAUUGAUUUUUAAUGUAAGAAUGAUUCUAUAAGGCCCAUCAGUCAUGUCAUAUUGCUGUUUUUUUUUCAAACUCAAAAACGCGGUUGUUUUAAAAUGACGUACCAGUAGCCGAAGAUCCAUUUCCACGCUUUCAGAAUUGGGUUUAUCAUUAAUUUAAGACUGUUUGGAGAACUUGUAGUGAUCAAAAGGUCCUCUUCAAAAUAUCACGAGCAUCAUAUCGCAUUUAAGAUCCUUUUAACUCGAUCCAAAUCACCCAGGUUUUGUAUCACGGCGAACUUUAUAAUCAAACAAGAAAGUGUUCUUGGCUCCAAACCAAGUAAUCAAGUUGAGAUGAGAGAAUAGACAAUUGUAAACCUUACAAACCCACUCAAGCCUUUCUAUUAGAGAACAACCAGGACCUUUAUAUUUCAAUGAUUUUAUUUUACAAGUUUACAUUGAAAGUACAACAAAUUUUCCCUACGAGACUGAAAAAUAUUAUUUUUUGAAGAUAAAGCACCAUUUGCGAUUCAUAAGUGACGAUUCGCCUGCAUAAGCACUGGUGACCUCGUGGCAAGUGGGUUGCAACAAUAAUAACUUCAGUUAUAGUUUCAGUUUUCUGUCGCGAGCGACACUGAUUGAAGACUCUUGCAAACCCAAUGCCGAAAUUUUGAUGCGAGUUACACCUAAGCUUCUAUGUUUCUAUGUAAUGCGGUCAAAAUCUCGGUUGUAGUACAUCCCAUUUCGUGAUCGCAUUUUGUCCCUUUUUUUUUUUUUUUCAAGUCAUCAUGGUACUCCUCAGUUUGGUUCAUUUAAAAAAAAAGCCAAACUAACCAUGAUAUUUAGUAUUAGUACCAGAGAGAGAGUUUCCAAUUUUGGUUAAAAAGACAACUCUUUGAAAGUCAACGACCCUAUGAACAACUGAAAAUUAAUAGCGACGUAUCCUUAUGUUUGCUCAGGACUCCUACACCCUCAUGGAAGGAAAUCGCAAGAAACAAGUCCCAACUAGUAACACAACUAUUGAGAGGAUACGACAAGAGAAUUCGACCUUAUACUGGAGGUAAUCUUUCAAAAUUCCUACUACUUACUAUUCUUUUCAAGUAUUCUGUCACCUACGAUACAUGAUCGCAAACGCCAUAGCCGAAUUUCUAUAGCCGCUAACCUCAAAGAAACUACUCUCCUAAUCUUUUCUUGAUUCUUUUUUCAUACCCAGUGAUUAUUUCUAAACAAAUUUCCGUAUGGCUUGAAAGAGCAAGGUCGGGUGCUUACAUGAUCCAAAAGUAGCAGAAAUAAAAGGCGUUGUUUUUCUUAAUUCUUCAUUUUCAAAUUGCUUACAUGUAGAUGUACAGAAAAUAUCUUUGGUUCUUUUGUCCUCUUCCAGCUGUUGUUCUUUAAAUGCGGUUAUGAUGAUUUGAACGAUUUUUCGCCUUUUUCAUGCUCAGUGAGUUAAGACAUUUUGUAGAUUAGUCCUUCCCACUCGAAUAGAUGACAGUGCUGUGCAAAACAGGAAUACCAGUUAACAUAAUAGACAAAAAAUAUUUUAAGUCGACUGAUAAGAUGCCCACUAUCAUCUCACAGAUAUGACAGUGAAUAAACAAAACAGACAUACGUUACUUGAAGAAAAUAAACAUGAAAAAUUAUGCUUUACAGGAAAUUAUGAUUAUUCCGUGCUUCAUCCUUGUGAACUUUAACCAAACCAAAGCUGCCUUAGGUUGAUACACGAAAUGUAUGAAAUUCCACUGAUUUCUACAAAGCUGUUUUUAUGACUAGUGUGACUAUCCGAGUCUAAAAAAACUUUGAUCCAUUAUUGAACAUUGCGCACUGUAAAGGAUCGGAGAACUAUGAUUCGUCAUGGGACUGUGGAUAAUACAGUGUUACUGCUGCACAAGAAUGCUCGAAAAUCUGAGUUCUUCUCCAGGGGUCGAACCUUUGAGCUGCUAAUUUACAAGCCUAAAAGCUUCUAAACUUUAAAGCAGUUAAAAGUGCUGUACCCCAGUGCUAUGAGAAACAUAGCCAUUCGUCCAAGUUCAUGUGACAAUCAUCGUGCAUAUACAUUCCACCAGGAUUUAAUUGUUGGUGUAGUGCUCGCAAGUAGCGAUCGAUUUAUGACUGGUAUCUUUAAAAUAGCUUUGUUUCAAAUCCUCUAGUCGAAAAUGCACUGAUACAGCGAAGGGUUUUACCUAAAUGUUACUGGGUACAGAUUGCUGGUUGCAGGUCGCGACGAAUGAAACUGCUCAAGGACCUGAGCGGAAGAUUGAAAAAAAGCGCAUAACUUAGGGCCAAACAGAAGUCGACCCUUUAACAUUUAACCUUUUGGUUUGGAUUAUAUACCAUUGGGCGUAGGAGAUUCGAAGAAGUUUGUCGUUUAAUCAGGUUCAUGUGACAUACAUUUUGCAAUCUACCUGGUGACAGGAGAUUGAGAAGUUCUCAGUUCGCUGGCAAAAAAGGAGAGGAAGUGAUGACUAAAAUGGAUUGCACUGUAAUAUUGGUGAUGGAAGGAGCAGGAUUUUGACGCGCAUGGCUUAAACUGGUAAGCCGCACCUGAAUUGUCCUCCAUGUAGAAGUCCAAGAGAUACAUUGUGUUAUCUGCUGACCGGCGAUAUGAGGAGUUUUCAGUUCGCUUGCGAUGAAAGGGAAAGAGUAAUGACUACAGUGGGCCGGACUGUAAUAUCGGAGGUGGAAGGAGCAGGAUCUUGACACGCAUGGCUUGAACUGGUACGCCUCACCCGAUGUAUCCUCCCUAAAGAAGUAAUGGAGAUAUACCAUGUGAUAACUGCGGACAGGCGAUUGAGGCCGGAGUUUUCAGUUCACUUACGAUAAAAGAGAAGGAACGAUGACUGGCUGUUUUAUUGCUGACGGAAAGAGCAGGAUCUUGACGCAAAUGAGUUGAAUAGGUUAACAUCACCAAAUUUUUCUUACCACAAGGAUGAUCUCUAAAACAUCAGCCUUGAGGUCCCUGUUUACACGCCAUUUUCCUUAUGGUCUUCAACACUGCCCCUCGAAGUUCAGCAAGACGCCAACAAUACAGAAUAGGAUUGAUGGCGGAGUUCAAGUGUACUAUAGUGUUAGCCAAGUGCCAAGGCCUUGAAACAUCUUUGAAAGAAGCACUCGCAAUAAACACUGAUAUUGUUACUGGAAAAUAACACAAUAUCAUAGCAAUGUAAAAUACAAAGUUAUUAAAAGCCUUUUUUAUCAUUCGUGCCCUAUUUAAGCUGUUUGUAUCAGGUGAGCUUUUUACGGCUUCUUGUUGAACUUGGAUCUGAACUUGAUGCCGGCGAGCUAUGCAAUAUAUUCGAAUAUAAAAUAUUGCUGUAAGACAUAAAAAAAGACAAGCGCCAGUGGCUUGAAUAGUAAAAUAUACUGGCCAAUUCUGAAAAUAAACAAUUGAAAACAACGUGUUGUAUAUCCAGAUUGUUAGUAUAGAUACAAAUGUCAGUUUCGCUUUCAGUGUCGAACAAGUUUGAUAUCUCAGUGAAUACAUCAGAGCCAUAUAACGAUCUAUACUAAUGGCCGUCAUCGUACUGAGAGAGACUCCACAUAAAACAAACCCAGAGCAGUUGUAAAGGCGUUCAACGGAAUAAGCCGCAGUAAUUUCUUUGGCAAUGAAAACCGGUUGAACAAAUAAACCAACGAGAAAGUCUGAGACAGCAAGACUGCAAAGCAUGACCAUCGAAGUCGAGCGAAGGGACGGUGUUGUUAUUACAGUUGCCAAGAUCAACGUGUUCCCUAUGAUCGCUAUAAUCAUCAAAGGAGCGUUAAGAACGCAGUUAAUAAUUACAAUAGUUUCAGUGGUAGCAUUGUCUCCAGCUCCUCUAUAGCCAAGCAGAGUCUCGUCAAGUUUUGAGCUAGUAUAAUUCGUCAUGUUUUCACAGAAAUGAUCCUUCCCUUUGAAUAUUUAUCCACAAAAUAGGCAAAUGUUAAGCGAGGCUUUUCUUGCCCAACUUUGAAUUUUUAGGAAAUGCAAUGCAAAGACUUUACUAAGGUGGUGCUUGUUGGUGAAAAUUCAGAAUGAGCUCAGCCGAAUUAAAAUGGUUCUUUAUGCUCUCCUUGCAACACUUAGGAGCAAAUAUCCAAUAUAAUUUCUAUUUUAUCGAAUUUCAUGAGAUGCAAGGUGGUUCUUAUCUUGUUCAUGAUAAAUACAGGUGGCAAUAUUGUCCAGGGCUUAUAGAUACCUAUUAAGGCAAAUUUUACACUUAUAUUUUUUCCAGUUGUAAGCGUAGUCGAUGAAAAUUUUUCCGAUUACGCGAGUCCAGCGAUCGAUUUAAGCCCCUUUGCGGUUCGGUUUUGAAUCGGUCACGUAUCAUUUCAGUGCGUUAACAAAAAAAUGCUGAUUAAUCUAGAUAAAGCAGUGGGGAAAAUAGUGAGCUUUUGAUGCUUAAAUAUGUUAAGUUAUGAAUUUAUGCGUUCCAUUCAAGAGAAUACUUAAAUGGAGAUAAUUACAAACGUAUCUUCUUACGAAAUUAUUUAUUAUAGAGACAAAUUAUAUGAACAAUUUCUAUUUUAUUUCAUUUACUUUUUGACAUUAUCCUUUCACAUUGAGGGAUUACGUCGAUCACAGACUUGAACCAUUUGCAGGAAUAAGUGUCAUGGGUGUUUACGGCGUAGCGUAGAUUUCGGCUCAUUUAGGUCACACCUUUUUUAUCCAGAAGAGUGAGUUAUUCUAGAAAAGCUGAUGACGCAGGAAAAUGAGCCCAAACUUCUUUUACUCUUUUUAAAAAGGUCUAUCUUUUUGCUAACAUUCCGUGAAAUUUAAAGGACUCUUUGAAGUUAAUUUGUAUCUCUGACAUCUUUUAAGGCUCUUUUUUGUUUAACUUUUUUUGACUGUUUAAGAGAAAAUUUCGUUGCCGCUGAUUUCACUGUCCUUCCUAAAUAACCGCUACGUAAAUGUGAAGUAUCCGGUUUGAAUAUUUAUCGAUCAGAACCUUCUAUUUUGUGAAUGAACGCGUGGAAAUGAAAGAUUGCUUAGAAUAAACUCGAUACUGAGUUUCAUACUGCAAGAAUUUCUGCCCUCGUACAUUAUUUGAAUUUGAAAGUUCGUUAAAAUAAGCGAAUUUAAAUUCGUUUUCUUCAUCACUCAAGUAAUGGUAUCUCCUUUGCAAAAUGACGCUUCACUUUCGCUAGAAUCUGGUUUGAGCUUGGUUGAGGCGAUUUGCAGUAAGAGGUGGCAAAAAUAAUUUUCUCUAAGGUAAAAUGUCAACGUAUUUUCGUGCCAAACACUUGCGUUGGGAAAUUAAAAUAAGACAAUCCUGAAGCUUAAAAAUUCUAUGGAUUUCUAAAGUUUCGAUCAAUUCAUUCGAUAAUAAAAUUCAGGUGCUAAUGAGUUACGUUCAGUGCCAAGUGAAUACAAACGAAACUCACCUGCCUCUUGUAAAGGUGCUUAUCUCUGGGAAUUAAGGGAUUUUUUUUUAUUGAUAGUCUUAAGUUUGAGGAAGGCAUUCAGCUAUGAGCUGUAUAGCUAAGAAGACUUCUAUUGUGGCGGCCACCUCUGAACUCUAAAGACUUUUUCCCUGUUAAUAUAUCUUGAAUACGUGUCAUGAAAGCAUUACCAACAAUUUACCUGAGUCUUAAUGGAUCACCCAGCAGAUAUUGCUGAGGGUACAAAACCGAGCUUCCGUAGCGAAAAUCAGGGAGCGCAAACUACUAUGUAUUAUUUUGUUGUUUUUUUUGUUUUUUUUUUUGAGUUUUUGAGUUCCCUUAGUGACAUACAUGAAGUCUAUGACGUUUUCCGGGUAAUUUUUACUCCGAUGCCAACCAAGUAAUUCAUAAACUGCUAUAUUUUGCUGACCUUCCCUUAUUUCAUGAAAGACAGUUUAAUAACGAAACGACUUUGAUCAAUAUCAGUAUCUGGGCAACUGCCCACCUACCCCUCCCCUAACCCAACAACAGUCAAUUGAUAACAAGUUAAUGGUGGGUUAGGGGAGGGGUAGGUGGGCAGUUGCCCAGAUACUGAUAUUGGUCCCAUGUUCCCACAAGUACUAACUGCGUAAAAAUUUCUCUUAUUUCUAGUUCGACCGAUGGAUGUCCGUGUGGACAUGUUAGUGUCCAACAUUUGGGCCAUAGAGGAAGCAAAAAUGGUAAACCUAAUAUGUCGUUUACAUUCCGACCAUGGAAAAUAGAUGAAUUUUCGAAUUUUGUGCCAUCAUUUUAGUACAGCAGUUGGAAAUCUGGAAAAAAUUAUUCGAAAGAUUCCAUAGGGGGAAAAAGUUGUUGAAUAUUUGCUGCUUUUUUUUCGCUUAAUAGGAUUUUACAAUCGACAUCUAUCUUCGCCAGUAUUGGGAGGAUCCUCGACUUUCAUUUCUUGAGAACGAAAUUCAGAGAACGCUGACAUUAAAUAGACAAACAAUAGAUGAGAUAUGGGUUCCAAGUACAUAUUUCUUUAAUGCCAAGAAAGCAUACUUCCACGAUGUCACAACAGAUAAUUACCUGCUGCAAAUUCAACCGGAUGGAAAUAUCUUUUAUAGUGUUAGGUGAGCGGAAAUUUCUCUAUAUUUGUUACUCUUAUCCAAAGAAAGAUAUGUUUGAACCCAAAAAUAUUUGAUGCCACCAGUUAGAAGUAUGCUCCUGAACCCUUGUAAUUGCUAUCUCUGCCAUUAGAAAGGACCUGGGAAAUCAUGACGCGGAGCGGGGCUUGUGAUAUCGAAAACGGAAUUGAGCUUUCGAAAAACUUCUUCAAAGAAAUAUGCCAAAAAAGCAUCAUUGGAAACCAGUUUUUUUUAUCAUCCCCAGAAACCAUGAUUAUUAGUAUGUUAAGGUUUGUCCUCAAAAUUUCUAAUUCUUUGAAUAACAUUCCCCAGAUAACACAAUUUGUUUUUCGUACAUAUAAAGACGAUAGAGGAAAGUCUCUUUCGGAUUCCACUUUUAAUUGACUUACCAAUAGAUGGUGAUUAUUCUCAUUUUUUUUUUCUAUCGACAGGUUAACAGUGACAAUGGCUUGCAAACUUAAUUUACAGAUGUUUCCACAUGACGUACAAACCUGUACAGUCAUGCUUGAAUCGUGUAAGUCAAACAUUUCCUGGUGACUUUCUUGUGCCUCCUUUAUACGAACACUUGAAUCACUUCAUAAUGGCUCCUUUAUUCUAGCUUCUACAGGUGUUACUGACGACGGUAGAUCCUAAGUAUAGUCGUAUAAAGCAAAUCUGUCUUUAGAAAGCUAAUGAAGUACAUAGCCAAAAAAACGAGUGAAAGACAAAAAAAAAACACAGAAAGUUCAAACUAAUUUUUUCUGUUGACACCAAACACAGCCUCUGACAUAAACCAGAGGAUCCUUAUUAAAAGUGGAUAAAAUUUAUCAGUCUUUAGGAGGAAAAUGCAAUACACAGCAAACAAUGAGUGAAUGACAAAAUAAAACACAUAAAAUUAAAAUCAACUUUAUUUGGUUGACAAUACCGCAGCCUAUGACAUAAACCAGUGAAAGUCAUUUCUACUCUUAAAAAUACCCAGGUAACCAUGAUCAUGCACAGUUUAUGACUGGCGAGUGCUCAAAGAUAGCUCGCAUAUAAACUCGUUUUUUUUGUUUUGUUUUUUUUUAAAGAUGGUUAUCAAGCAACAGAUGUGUAUUACAAGUGGAAUUCAAGAAAUUCAACCGGUGAUGUUGUUUACAUCGCAGAGGACCUAGAGAUGCCCCAGUUCAUGAUCACCAACGUGGAACUGGAAGAGAAAACGAAUAUCUACAACAUUGGUACGCAAAUAAGUGCUUUUAAUUGAAUGAGGACAAGCCUUGAUAGUCACUUAUUUCAAAUAUUUGAUUUUAAUAAAAGUCUUUUCCAAAUUUAUUAAACUUUAGUUACUAGAGAGCUGUUUGACCUUAUGGUUGGUGAGGUGAUAGAGGAACAAAAUCGUCUGCUUUCAAGGUCCUUUCUGGGCUAUAUUUUUUCGAAAGAAUGCUACCAAAUGGAUAUGGUGAAAGAAUGUCUUUUAAAUCAGUAUUAAUAUGAAUAGGUAAUAAUAAUAACAUUAUUGGGUCAUUGGAGAAAGUGGUGAGUGCGAUAGCAACUAUGCCUAAAGGGGCUUGAGAUUGAGUUGGGGGGGGGGGGUGAGCUAACAUCAAAUUCAGAGGCUGUCUCGUCAAUUUAAGUCUCAACUUUGUAUCAAAACCGGCAAAAAAAACCUGAGCUUGGAAAAAAAUUUUGUUUCUGAGAGCCGCACCCUUAAAGCAUGCUAAAUUAUAUUUGCCCAUUACGUGGAUAGGACCUAAUCUUUGGUACUUAAAUUUUUUUUUGCUCGCGCCCGUUUCCUUAUGAUCAGAUCUCAUAAAAUGAACAUUUUAUUUUAUUCAAGGGCCUCACUCGGCGCUUGUGGCAAAGUUCACUUUUCAUCGUCGCCUUGGUUACUACAUGAUCCAAACCUACAUCCCAUCGAUGUUAACAGUGACAAUUUCAUGGUUCUCCUUCUGGAUUUCGCCAGAUUCCCCACCAGCCCGAGUAGGACUGGGUAUUACAACGGUCCUUACGAUGAUAACGAUUUCGAACAGUGCGCGUGCGCCACUUCCUAAGGUCUCCUACACUAAAGCCAUUGAUUGGUUUCUGCUGAUGUGCUUGGUAUACGUGUUCGGUGCGCUAAUGGAGUAUGCUAUUGUGAACUUUUACUCCUGUAAAGUUCAGUACAAAAAGCAAAAGGAGACAAGAAAGGCGGAACAGGAGGUUAGUGGCACUAUUCAAUUCGGACGAAUAAAACAUAGUUCAAUGUUAUUGGCGACAUGAUCAUUAUAAAAUAGGAACCUGUUUGGCAACAUGAACGUUGGCUAAUGACAGACGAAGUGCGUUCAUUUGCUCUUCAGAAACGUUUCUGGGUUUGAAAACUUCACAAUGAAUAAAAUUAACAGCCCUUCAAUGAACGUGAUUUGAAAUGCGCGAUAAACUAGAUGUUUUUCCCUGCAGAUUAUGAGGCUAAACAUUGGUUAGAGAAACAUUUUAUAUCUGAAUGUUGAUAAUUAAAUAAAAUUGUGACUUUCGCUUUAGAUUUAGUGCAGUUCACGGCCCAUUCAAUAUUUACAAUAGAGUUUAAUAAAGAUAAACAUCGGUACCAAGUUUUUUUGUUGUUGUUGAAGAGCAAAUUUGAGCGUUUUUAUUUUUGUUUAGUUCUUUCAGCAGGAAUCUGACAAAGAAGAAGCAGUUGGGCUGUUUCAGAACGGCUCUGUCAAGAAGAGUGACAGUAAUGGAAGCUACAGAGUGGCUGUUGUCAUGUAAGCUCAUCUGCAAAUUACAGAUCAUGUACAGUUUGUUUAAUGAAAAUAUUGGUAGAUGAAAAUAAUAACGGUAAUGAUGAUAGCUGGCGACAAUCAUAAUAUUUCAGUGACGAUAAUAAUAACGAUAAUAAUCGGCUUGUAAUAAUGCUGAUGACAGUGAUUAAGUGCUUAAUGAAAGAGGAGCUGGUGAAACUAAACGACGUGGAUGAAGAAGUGAGCCACUUUUUCUCAGAUAAGAACAAGGCAAACAUUUUCAAACGAUGAACAAUUCUGACCUGCAUCAAGAACUGAGCAUACUGGGGAUCAUUUCUGUGCAACGAAUUGCUCUCUUAUUUAGAAGACGUCAGCCUUAACCUAUAGUAUAGGCACAACACAAUUGCAAAAAACUGUAAACACCUUGAAGUGAUCAUUCGGGUUAGAGAAACCCUUUCAGUAACUAAUCUUUUAACAACGUCAGCAACGGAGGGAGAGGCUCAAGCUCUCUAAGAAAGGCAACCUCCUCGGCUCUCUCGUUAAUGGCGCGGCAGAUUUGAUUUAAUUUGGUUUGUUACUCUCGCUCUUCCUUUUUCUCAAAUUUGAUUUUUUUUCUCAGAGACAGCAAGAAUCCAUUUUUUCCUCGAGCGCAUCUGAACCAAAAAAAUCCCAAAUUCAGAUUAGCUCGCCGAUUUCGGCAAAAGGUAAGCGAUACAUUUGUUUCUCAAAAAUGUAUUUGAUAGUGGACAUUUUUUAUGGCAAUUGUUAGUAAUAGGAGUCGCUGUCGAAAAUUCUCGGUGGGAAGUUUGGGAAAGGCUAUUAAAGAAAUCUUCAAGAGGAAGAUGUUUGAAAACCUUUCCACCCCGUAGGAGAUGAAGAGCCCUGAGAGCACGCCUUAGUGCACGACACUCAAGAGUUUGGGCGUCGAUCUCAGGUUAUAUGGAUUAUUGUUUUGUACUCUCAGAAAGAGCUAAAGUCUUACUAUGCCUUCUUCCACGAGCAUAAAGAGACCACUUAAAGGCUUUCAUUUUCUUUACACUGACACAGGAAAUAGACGAAUCUAAUGAUAGCAAUUCCCAGCCUCCAAAAAAACGUCAUCACUACUUCUGGGACCCGUAUGAAACAGCAUUUAUGAUGUCAGAACCGGCAUAUACUGUGGAUAAAUACGCUAGGAUAUCCUUCCCUGUCACCUUCGCCGUGUUGAACUCCAUAUACUGGAUUGUUUACGCGCCGGAUAAAGUCAUCUUCUAAUUACACGCUGUAACAGUGGGAGUUGAAAUUCUCGUUGCAGUUUUCAUAUGCCGCAAUGACGCUUGCACUGAACUAAACGCGCGAGGUAAAAGAGCAAAAAGGCGAAAAAAGAAGAGAAAAAUGUGAAGAGAACGGAGCCAAACUCAUCGUACUCUAUUCUCAAGCAUAAAUCUUAAGAGCACAAGGAUAAUCAAGAAAAAUCCAUCUACAUCCUCUUCCCACUGUCGCAAAGAUCAUCAUGUCUUCAGAAUAAGCCGCAAAUAUGUGAGAAAAAAUCCUUGCUAAGCGAUAAACAUCUGAAGACCAAACAAAGGAACACCUUAAUGUAUAAUCACAUUUAAUUUUUGGUAUCUCAGAGUUAAGAGAAAACCGGGAAAGUCAAUGCUUCCUCAUACUCAGUCGUUUGACCAGAAAGUUUUAGUUCUGAUGUUCCUUUAAGUGAGAGGCCGUUAUUUUCGUUUGGCUCUUUUUAUUAAUUCUGCUGCACGAAAUAUUCAGAUAUGAAUGAAAUGAACUAGAAGUGAAACCAUGAAAUUCUCACCCCAAGACCGUGUUGAUAAAUUUUCCUGAUUUCUGAUGAUGAAUAUCUCCCAUGAAUCAAG